AUGAUUAAUCCUGUAGAUACUUUCCUGAUAUUUUUGUCACACAAAUAUGGUGUCGAUCAGUUUAUUUUAAGGUAUUCCUUAUGUCUAUUAGGUUCUUUCUCUUUUAAUACAAUUUUGAAGAGAUUGCCUGAUGAUAGAGUCAAUUUAAAAUGUUUAUAUAUCAUCUCUGUCUCUGCAUUUUAUUUAUUCGGUUUAUUGAACUUAUAUGAAGGUUUUAGAACCUUACUUAUAAGUACUAUGUUCACUUACACUGUUACAAGAUUCUAUAAAUCAAAAUUUAUGCCUUAUGUUAAUUUUGCAUUCGUAAUGGGCCAUUUAGCUUUAAACCAUAUUUUUGCUCAAUUCCUAUCUCCUACCACAGCUGUCACUGAUAGUAUAGAUAUCACAGGUUCACAAAUGGUGUUAGUUAUGAAAUUAACCUCUUUUGGUUGGUCAUACUACGAUGGUGCUAACGCUACAAAAGAGGAAUUCGAUUCUUUAACCCAAUAUCAAAAAGAUCGCGCUAUUACAUCUCAUCCUUCACUAUUGAAGUUCCUUGCUUUUGCAUUCUUUUAUCCUUCUCUAUUAACAGGUCCAAGUUUCGAUUUCGCUGACUUCGAUAGUUGGUUAAAUUGUGAACUAUUUCAUGAUCUACCUGAAUCAAAGAAACCAAAAAGUAGAUUGCAACCUGAAAAGAGAAGACAGAUCCCUAAAAAUGGUAAAUUGGCAUUCUGGAAAGUUUUGCAAGGUUUAACAUGGAUGAUCUUAAGCGUCGUUGGCCCAAUGUAUAUCCCAAUAAACUAUAUCAAUGAUAAACAAGCAUUCUUAAACCAUUCCUUCCUAUAUAGAAUCCAUUACAUGUAUUUGGUGGGCCUGGUCUUUAGAUUCAAGUAUUAUGCUGCAUGGACUAUAUCCGAAGCAUCAUGUAUCUCUUGUGGUUUAGGCUACAAUGGUUACGACCAAAAGACUCAGCAAAUUAAAUGGAAUCGUGUUCAAAACAUCGAUAUCCCUGGUGUCGAAUUUGCACAAAAUACCCACGAUUGUUUGGAGGCUUGGAAUAUGAAUACAAAUAAAUGGUUAAAAAAUUCGGUAUACUUGCGUGUUAGUAAAAGAGGUAAAAAACCUGGUUUCAGAUCUACUCUUUUCACUUUCUUAACUUCUGCAUUCUGGCAUGGUACCAGACCAGGUUAUUAUUUGACUUUUGCUACCGGUGCAUUUUAUCAAACAUGUGGUAAAUUUUACAGACGUAACUUUAGACCAAUGUUUUUGAAAGAAGAUGGUGUAACUCCAGGUCCUUUCAAAUGGGCUUAUGAUUUCAUUGGUUCCUACGUAAUUAAAUUAGCUUUCGGUUAUCUAGCCCAGCCCUUCAUCAUACUAGAUUUCCGUAAAUCUUUGGAAGCAUGGGGAACUGUUUACUAUUAUGUUCACAUCGGUGUUGCUGUAACUUUCUUCUUAUUCAAGGGACCUUACUCCAAAUCUGUUGUAAAAUUCUGCAAAAGCAAACAACCUAAGGAAAUUGUUCUAAUGGAUCAAAAGAAAUUGGAGAAGACAAUAUCUGAAAGUUCUGGUUCUCUAGCUGAAAUUUUGAAACAGAAAGCAGAAUUUGAAGAAGAAGAACAAGCUAGAAGUGAAGAUAUCAAUUUAGGAGUUGCCGAAAUUGAUCUUUCGGAAUGGAGUAAUGUUAAAGAUGAAUGGGGUGAAUUUGUUAAAGACUACUCAGAAUGGAGAGAUAAUAACGGACUUGAAGUCGAAGAAGAAAAUUUAAAGAGAGCAUUUGGUAAAUUUGUUGAUGAAUUUUCAGAAGUUAGCAAGAAAGGUAUACCAAGAGAAAGAAAAAUGAGUUUUAGCGCCUUUUCACCAAUCCCUUUUUCUAAGAAAAAAUGA